ACUUCCUGGAAGCACAUUUUAUGAGCUGCAGACUUAUUAAAGCCGCUUUACAUCGCGACAGCUGGUCGUCGGUGGCUAAAACCCUGACGUUAGUGCCGCGGCACCACUAGCGUGCAGCCUCUCUGUGCUGUGGCAACGUUGCAUUACCGGGGCGGAUCGGCGGGUCCCGGCUGAACGUGCUCCGGGUAAAAGCAGGUGUCGGUUAUUUGAAAAUUGAGGAAUCGUUUUUUCUUGCAAGCUGAGGUCAACGGUCGGCGACAUGGCAGCACGUGGUUCUGCCAUCGUCAUACACCGUGUAAGGUUAAGUCCAGCGAGACCGCUGUAGCCAGAGACAAACGGCUUCACCACAGAAAUGCUUCAGAAGGGCAGGAUGGGUAGGCAGAGGAAGAGGGUGGUGACCAGUGAGGCGGCUCCCCCUCCGAGGAAAGAUGAGAAGCCCUCUGCAUUUCACCGCAAGGAGAAGAAAAAGAAAACUGACAUCGGCAAAGUUUUCAUCAACAUCUCUAUCGGCCUUUGCAUAUUCAGUCUCAUCUGGUUCUUUUAUGCCCUCUACAUGCGGUCCAGCCUGGCCAAAAGGGUGGUGACUCUGCACCAGUCACAUCCCGUCCUGGAUGCGAAUAGCAGCAGUGCCAAGGUUUCCUCGGAGAGGUUCUGGGGUUCAUACAGGCCGCAGGUCUACUUUGGCAUGAAAACCAGGAGUCCCAAGUCCAUGGUGACAGGCAUGAUGUGGAUGCGUCAGUUUUCUGACAUGGACGUAAACUUGAGGCACACUUGUGAGCAGGGGGAUCGUUUGCAAGGCUAUGGCUGGCUGAUGCAUGAUGGGAUCACCUUUGGUGUCCAGGAAAUCCGAGACAACGACUUCACCCUGACCACAGAGUUUGUCAAGAGGAUGGGAGGGGAUCACGGAGGAGACUGGACCUGGAGGAUCACUGCCAAGCAGCAUAGCUCUGCCCCUCAAGCGCCAGUCAUCUCCUUGAUGUUUUACGCAGCAGCAGACACACAGGGCUCACUGGAGGCUCACGUCGAGGAGAAAAACCGCCUUGCAUCCAUCACUGGUUUCUCAGAGGAGCUCGGAAACUUUAAGAUCACCUUCCGAAAGCCUGUUAUUGGGGAAUUAUCCAGCGCCAAAUAUGCCAGUUACAACUAUCUUAAGACUGUGUCUCCUGGCUUGGAGAAGCUGACUGAGAUUGUGAGGCACAGUCUGAACCACAGGUUUGUCUACAACCUUCCCUCUGGGGAGAAGAGGCAUUACAUUGCUGUAGACACCUACAAGCCUCCCCAUCACCAAAACCAACAGAAGCCUCCCGACACGAGGAAAGAGAGUGAUUUUGUGGUUCACCAGGUGACCGUCCAAAUGCCGUUCCAGAUAGAAGUUCUGUUUGAGUCUGGAAGUUUCCACCGUCGUCCCAACCAAUUGGUGGGCUCAAUCAUGACCCAGGAGCUGGAGAACAGAAAAGCUGAGUUUGACACAAAGUUUGAGAGGACCUUUGGGCUUGAGAGCAAAGGUUUUAGCCAGGCACAUGUUCGAUUUGGUAAGGCAGCGUUAAGCAACAUGUUGGGUGGAAUGGGCUACUUUCAUGGCCAGUCAGUGGUGCAGUCAGUCUACAAUGAGUACCCGCUCCUGUACCCGGAAGGUGCUUUAUUCACCGCCGUACCGUCACGUUCUUUCUUCCCCAGAGGAUUCCUCUGGGAUGAGGGUUUUCACCAGCUGCUGCUCAGUAAGUGGGAUCCCCAGGUGUCAAGGGAGGCUAUUGCCCACUGGAUAGACCUAAUGAAUGUGGAAGGCUGGAUCCCCCGUGAGCAGAUCCUGGGAGAUGAGGCUCGCAGUAAGGUCCCUGCUGAGUUUGUAGUUCAGCGAAAUGAGAAUGCCAACCCACCUACUCUUUUCUUAGCUCUUCAGAAACUUAUUGAACAGUUCUCUGAUAAUCCCGACAAGGCAGCCUUCCAGCCAACUUUGCCUUUUCUCCGGCGGCUCUUCCCCAGAUUGAAAACCUGGUUUGAAUGGUACAACACCACACAGACAGGACCCCUGCCCAACUCCUAUCGCUGGCGUGGACGUGACAAGGACACCAAUCUGUUCCUCAAUCCCAAGACCCUGACUUCAGGGUUGGAUGACUACCCUCGAGCAUCGCACCCAUCCGCAGAUGAGCGGCAUGUUGAUUUACACUGCUGGAUGGCCUUGUCCUCAGGCAUAAUGGCUAGUGUCGCUCGGCUUCUUGGCGAGCCCCAUCAGGACUACGAACUUUCUCACCAAGUUCUCUGUGACAACAACCUGCUGAAUGAGCUCCACUGGUCGGAACAACUCCGUGCUUUCGGCGACUUUGGCAACCACACCCAAGCCGUGUCUUUGCAGCAGGAGAAAGUGUACGUACCACCUGGACAACCACGUCAUCAGUUCCCCGUGGCUCGCCUUGUGCGCUCAGUCCGCAAGGCCCCCAAGCUGCAGUAUGUCAAUGCUUUGGGUUACGUUAGCUUGUUCCCCUUCUUACUGCAGAUCCUCCAACCUGCCUCGCCUAAACUAGAGCAUAUCUUCCGAGACAUCAGAGACUCCGAUAAGCUGUGGACACCCUAUGGCCUGCGCUCACUCUCCAAGGCCGAUACCAUGUAUAUGAAACGAAACACAGAGCAUGAUGCCCCCUACUGGAGGGGCCCGAUUUGGAUUAACAUCAACUACUUGGCAGUGAGAGCCCUCCAUCACUACAGAAACAAAGAAGGUCCAUACCAAGGAAAGGCAGCUGCUCUUUAUGAAGAACUCAGGACUAACAUUAUCAAUAAUGUUUAUAGACAGUAUCUGGAAACAGGAUAUAUCUGGGAACAGUACAAUGACAGCACUGGCAGGGGCCAAGGAAGCCACCCCUUUACUGGCUGGUCAGCAUUGACAGUAUUAAUGAUGGCUGAACAAUACUGAUUCUGUAGUUUUCAUCUAAUUUUCUAAGAUACUGGCCUUCACGUAUUUGGAUGUGAUCGAAACGACAUAAUGAUCAGGUGUUAUAGGUAUAUUGUACUGUAAAAAAAACUGUACGAAGAAGAUCCAGCUUAAAAAAAUGGCAUUCAUGAUCUCACUUCCACAUUGAACCUUAAUUUAAAAUAGUUUUCUCACAGGUAUUUCCCUGAAUGGCAAGUGCAGCUACCCUAACUUCGCUGUAUGUUGAGCCAUGCACCGUCUAGUGCUUCAGUUAUGCACUUAAGAUGAUUUUUACUUACAGAAAUCAUAUUCCUGACACCUUCAACCGCCUACAUGGCUUCACUUGGUGAUCCACUUCUCUAAGUGGGGUAAAUUAAUUGUCUUAUUUGUCAAGGGAAAGCAAAACACUUAAAUGACAGUGUUUUUGCUUUCACUUGACAAAUAAGAGAAUUCAUUUUUACUUGUGCUACCCUUUCAGUAAUCAUUUGUUCUUGGUUCAUAAUGAAUGAGCUUUUGAUUUUAAAACAUUCUACUCUUGCUCAACAUUUCUCAAAUUGCUGCUUCUAAAAGUUAAAGCAAUUUUAGUAUCCUACAUUAACAAACAACAAAAAACUCAGACUGGCAGGGAUUACAUCAUGGACUGUGACAUUGGUCAUGCUUUGUUAAAAACAAUAAAAAGUUUAAAUAA